AUUGAACAGAUAUAGAAUCAAGGCAUAACCUAAAAUGAAUGCAAGGUAUACUAUCCUAACAUUAAACGUAUUAUUCUAAGAAAAAUAACAUGUGUGUGUCAAUAGUAACAAAAAUUGCAAGAUUUGUACUUUAAGUACACGUGCGGAAUCAUAUAAUUACAGGGUCUGGUUCAACAUCAAUUUUGGCUCAUUUAGUUAUGAAAGUUACUUCAAGAGCUCAAUAAGUGAAGACUUUUAAGAAUAAAGUAAUUUCAUUGACUGUGUAAUACGGCAGGAUAUGAGAAAAUACAUCAUGGCGUACUCUCUCGGCUAAAGGAUGGUUUACUUACUUAUAAGAUACAUUUUAUUCCCCGUAUAAGAAAAAAGGCUCAAUUGUUAUAAAUAAUGUUUAAAAAAUAAAAGUAUGAAGAUUUCAGUAUUCGUCCGAAUUUAUGAAAUUAAAAAUUCAUUAUUCAAAAAUAAAAGGUCAUGUUAUUGAACAAAGUUGCUUCAGUUGCUUCCGGGAUACGUCACGAAUACGUCUCUGAUUGGCCAAAAGCGAAACAUGGCGGCCAUCGCGCCAUCGCGGCGGCCAUAGCACGAAGUAGUGUUGCUACAGUUACAGUAAGAAGAUUACCCGAAAUGUCGGGAGAAAAUUACGACUCGAAAGGAUUAACCGGAUAACUUCAGUGAAGAGAAGAAAUUAUUUUACAAACGGAUUCGACUUGGAAGGCAGUAAUGAGAAUUUUCUUAUAAGAUGAAUGUGUAAUUAAGUCAAACGGUCAUACUGAACUGUGUAUAGAUAUAAGUCGGUAAGAAUUUUGUCUUUGUGUUCGUAAUUAUAUUGGAUUGAUUAGUAUAUAAGCUAGAAGAUCUUUUCAGGGAUAAGAAGAGAAGCACUAGCCUAUGGUAUACUGCAGGUAUAUCUUAUAAGUCUUAUAAGACAAGCGUAAAAUAAGAAGGGGCAGAGGAAUUUUCCGCUUUGAAUUUUACUUGAUACAUGUGUGUUAAACUUAAUUAGAAUUAAGAUUUUAGUAUUAAGUAUUUGUAUAAAAGUAAUAACGAUGCAUCUAAAAGGACCGAAGAAGAAACAAGUUACGGUUAGUUUAUUCGUUAAAUAUGUCAGAAAUCAGGGAGUUCUGACUAAGGCUGGCAACACUAAUUCCCGUAGAGAAUACGCUUUACUUUGAAACUUUGUUUACGGAGAAGCUGCAACAGCGCUGGUUCCCAAGAAGUUUGCAUCCAGUUUAUAGGUAAGAUGCAGUUGUUUUGUACAAUUUCAAGUGCUUUAUAGAAGAAUUAAAUUGGUGAAUGAGUACGAUUAUUGAAAAUAUGUGUAUUUUACGUCAUAGGAAGACAAAAACACGAACCGGCCUCCGUGAACCAUCACGGACUCGACACAUACCACCGGAUUAGACGAGAAAAGAGAAAAGAAAUUCCUCGGACAAGAUGGACGAGAUUCUCUUAAUCAGACUUCGAAUCACCAGUGAAAAAAUUGGUGCUGAAUUGGAAACAAUACCCAGUACGGUUCGGUCAGAAAACAUAGGACAGGCUCAGGUCGUCUAUAACAGACUGCAAGCUGCAGUGAAUAGGCUCAACGCUAAUUUAUCAGAAUACUUUCGUUUAGCUACAACUCCUGCAUCAGAUGAAAUUUUCUUGAUUAGUGGCCAGCAGCUUUUAGCAGAAGAGACUUUAGCAGAACUCAAGGCGAAGAUCGACCAAGUCACCGUAUCCCGUGAGACCCAGGAAAAGCCGCCUGAAGUGAAUUCCUCUUGUCGACUACCGAAACUCCAACUACAGGUUUAUAACGGGGAUGUGCUUUCCUGGUGCGAAUUUUGGGAUAGUUUUAGCAGCAAUAUCGACUCAAGAAACUUACCUGAUGUAGACAAGCUGUCUUAUCUUAAAACUUCAGUGACGGGUGAUGCUAAGAAAGCUAUUGAUGGCCUGCCUACCACUAACGGAAACUAUAAGAUAGCGGUCACUCUACUAAAGGAACGUUUUGGCAAGAAAGCUCAUCUGAUUGAUGCCCACUAUGCUACAUUAUACAAAAUCGAAGCGGCAAAAAGCAUUAUCAUGGAUAACUUAUCCGCCUGACUUACCUAAUAACUUUGGAAUCGCCUUUGGGCGUCUGUCAAGUUUACUGAAGCGCAUGGACCAAGAAACCUUAAUGUCAUACGACGAUACAUUUAAACAACAAUUAGCUAAGGGUAUAAUAGAAGUCGUACCCACAUCAGGAACGUCAACUGGUAACGCUAUUCACUACCUACCCUUCCAUGGAGUACGUCAUCGAGGAAAACCUAUGCGAAUCGUGUAUGAUGCUAGUUCCAAGAGUAACAAGAACACCAAGAGUCUGAACGAGUGCUUAUACAGAGGACCACUCAUGCUUGAAGACCUUACAGGGUUACUCAUCAAAUUCAGGACACAUCACAUAGGAUUGACGUCCGACAUAGAAAAGGCGUUUUUACAGAUGGCAUUACACGAGAAGGAUCGUGACGUUACCAGAUUCUUAUGGCUUAAAGAUACCUCUAAACCAGUAUCUCAGGAUAACCUACUUUACCUAAGAUUCUGCAGAGUUCCAUUCGGCGUGAUAUCUUCACCGUUUCUACUGAAUGCGACUAUUAAAGAACAUUUAAAUAAUGCAGAAGAUCAGCAUGUCAGGCAGAAAGCGAAUGACAUAUACGUAGACAACUUUGUUUCAGGCUGUAGUACUACAGCUGAAGCAAUAGAGCUUUACAAAAGUUUAAAAGGAUCUUUUCAAGAUAUUUCAAUGUCACUCAGGGAUUGGAGUUCUAACUCCGAAGAAUUCAUGAAGAUGGUCCCUGAUACAUGUAAAGAAAACAAGAUAAAAGUACUUGGCUUAGAGUGGGACAUAAAAAAGGACACCCUCCAGCUGAAGCCCAACCUCCAAGAGGAAGCAGUCACAAAAAGAGGAAUACUGAAGACUAUCGCAUCAAUUUAUGACCCGUGCGGUUACGCGGCACCUCAUACAUUAUCAGCUAAACUUUUUCUGCAAGGACUUUGGAAGGCCGGAGUAUCUUGGGACUCACCAUUAUCAAGCGAGCUAACAGAAGAGUGGAACAUCAUCCGACAGAACCUAGAAGUCAUAGGAAAGGUAUCGGUGGAUAGAUGUUACAUGAAGACACCAACGGAAGCGAAUUACCAACUGCACUGCUUCACAGAUGCUUCACUACAAGCCUACGCAGCAUCGGUGUUUCUAGUCUGUGGCUCGAAGAAAAGCUUUAUCAUGGGUAAAUCCCGUCUGAUACCAACCAAGGAUCAAGAUAACCUCAAGAUACCCCGUCUAGAACUUCUGGGAGUACUGAUAGGCUGUAGACUGAUGAAGUUCGUCCUUAAGUUUCUGCAACAGAAAAUAGUAAGACAAGUCUUAUGGACCGAUAGUCAGAUUGUCAUCGAAUGGUGUAAGUCUAACAAACUACUUCCUCCCUUCGUUGCCAGACGAAUAGAAGAAAUCAAGACAAACAAAGACCUGGAGAUAAGAUAUCUACCAUCAAGCUUGAACCCAGCAGAUGUAGGCACAAGACCCCUUCGUGCAGAGGAGGAUAAGGAGAAAUGGCUGAAUGGUCCGCAGUUUAUAACAGAAGAUCCACAGAAAUGGCCAACCACAUCCGGCAGUGAGCCAACCAGUUCUCUUCUGACAGGGGAGGGUCUUGGGUUCCAAGAAGACAUAGAGAUGGUCGAUAAAGAAGAUCCAGUUGUUAAUGUCAACCCGAUGAAAACGGAGGAAAUUAUAACACCAAAUGAAGUGAUAGGAAAUAAUCAGUCAACAGACGACAAGCUUCAUAAAUUAAAAGAAAUUCAAGCUAAAUAUUUUCCUCUAGAGGUAGAAGGAAAAGAAACCAAUCUAAGUCGAAACUUAGGAGUAUUCAAGGACAUUGAUGACCUAUUGAGAUGCAAAGGUCGUAUGAAAAACGCAAACUGGUCGUUCGACAAACGAUACCCUAUACUCAUACCAAAAGAGUCAGAUUUCACGAAGGAAAUUAUAAUGAAAACUCAUCAAGAGAACAAACAUGUAGGUGUCAGCCACACGCUUGAUAAAAUAAGAGAAAUGUAUUGGAUUCCUCAAGGAAGAAGUAAAGUCCAACGGAUAUUAAAGGGAUGCCCUGAAUGUAUGAAACAUGAUGGAGGACCUUAUAGACUACCAGAAACCCCUGCUCUUCCUAAAGAGAGAGUCAAUUACAGCUCUCCUUUUACGUACGUUGGAACAGACUACCUGGGACCACUUCUAGUUAACAACGGGAAUGGCAGUUGUAAAAGAUGGAUUAGCCUUUAUACAUGUUUAGCGGUAAGAGCCAUUCACCUGGAAGUGGUAAAGGAUCUAACAGCGGAAGAAGGUCUUCUGGCCUUAAAAAGGAUGAUAUCAGCGAGAGGCGUGCCUACCUUAAUUACAUCUGACAACGCAGCUCAUUACAAGUUACUUUCUGAAAUUCUUCAAGACCCAUAUUGCAUAGAAAAGGAGAUUAAAUGGAAAUUCAUACCGCAACUAGCCCCAUGGCAUGGAGGAUUUUACGAAAGGUUGAUUGGCUUAACCAAGAAUUGUAUGAAGAAAACCUUACAAAAACACUUAUUGAAUGACAGCCAGCUGGCAACAACAGUUAAGGAAAUAGAAGCAGUACUUAACACAAGACCUUUAACCUACGUGGAUUCAGAACCUGACCACGUAUUAAAACCCUCAGACUUUCUUACCAUGGGAAAAUGUAUCGUAAUGGAAACGUCGAGCAUGGAUCCUAUUACGUCACAUGGGACAGUAACCAAAGACAAUCUAAUUAAAGGUUGGAAGAAAGCGCUCAUCAUUCUACGAGAAUUCAAAGAGAUGUUUGAGAACAGGUAUCUCCUAAAUUUGAGAGAAAGAUACUCCCAUCAUCCUAAGGAGCCUAGAGUGACUUCAAAAUUAACGCCAAAAAUAGGUCAGAUAGUGCAAAUAAAAGGCGACACGAAGAAUAGGAUCAAUUGGAAAGUUGGGAAAAUAGUAUCUUUAAAGGAAGGCGCCGAUGGUUUAUGUAGAGUAGCCACGGUCCAAGUAGGAGAUACAAUAUAUACAAGAUCUAUCGCGCAUCUCUACCCGUUAGAGAUCGAAGAUGGAGAGGAACAGUGUAAACAAACGUCACAUGAAGAAAGCGUAGAAGAAUCUGUACAGGUUCCUGACGUCCCACAUCCAACAAGAAGGGACGACGUGAUGAAAGAAUCCACUAACGACGUUCUUAAGACUUCUGAGCAGAAAUCUUAUCAAUUAACAGAAUUAAACGAGUCAGAAGAAAUACCGUCUGAUUCAGUCUUAUUAGAGCCUGCAUCUAGUCAGUUACACGAGCCUGAGCCUAAGUCCAUACCCGAACCAGACCCACUCGCAGUCAAAGACAUGACGUUCUGCGAGAACACUGAUCCUGAAACGCACCACCUAGAGAACAUCGCGUCGGCUGAACAUCACGACGAGUCCAGACCUAAGAGAGCAGCGGCGCUUCGUGCUCUUGAGAAGAUUAAGGAGUGGACCAGCAACUUAGUCGCAGUUUUGCUGCCUGUAGUGGGGAGUGUCGCGACCAACGCGAAACUAUAGAGCCCCAAGAAUAUUCCCCUGCGGCAACACUGGCGGCGCCCUCUGGGUGGAGCCAUAAUCACGGAGUGACAAUCAGCCGCCGUAACAUAAAAGCAAGCGAAGCAGAUCAGAGGCUCACCUGGCCCCGAGAAGGUUGGGACAGCGUGAGCGUGGAUGAGGAAUCAUCUAUAGAAAUGUCAGGUAUGUAUACCAUGCAUUCUGUUUGGUGGUCAGUAUAUAUAUUGACCACACACACACAAAUAAGUUGCCAUCCUUCUCCUUUACGGACUCGUAAAUGUACCGUAGGCGGCUAGGAGAGGGG